AUGGACAACCAUACCUUGCACACUGGGAACCUCAACCCUCCCGAACCAGCGUCUAUCGAUCGCUCCUCCCUCUACCUGGGAAUUAUCGGCGUCCUCAGCGUGGUUUACUUGCUCCAGACCCUGAUUGCAAACACAAAAACCUUCAAGGCCCCUUUCGUGGGCUUCCGGUCCCCCUUCGAGCCGAAAUGGCUGGUGGGACUCCGUUUCUCCCAGGGCGCUCUGGCGCAGGUAACCGAAGGAUACGAAAAGUACAAGAAGGGAAUGUUCAAAAUCGCCCGCAACGACUCGGAUAUCUUGGUCAUCCCCAACAAGUAUGUCGAGGAGCUGCGUUCCCUGCCCGACGAGAAGAUCAGCGCCAUCCGGGCGCAUAUCAAGAAUCUCCUGGGAAAGUACUCGACCACGCUGAUCCUCCUGGAGAGCGACCUGCACACGCGUAUGCUGCAGACCAAGCUAACCCCGAAUCUCGGCUCCUUCAUCGAAGUGAUCGAGUCCGAGCUCAAGUUCGCCAUGGAAAAGGAGAUCCCAGCCGAUCUGGACGACGACUGGCAGAAUGUGAACGUCUUCCACAUCGUCCUGCGCAUUGUCGCUCGCAUCUCGGCGCGGGUGUUUCUGGGGGUACCGGCCUGCCGCAACGAGGAAUGGCUCGAAACUUCGAUCCAUUACACCGAGAACGUCUUUGCGACAGUCAUGCUGUUGCGGCGUUUCCCCAAAUGGAUGCAUCCCGUCGUGGGACACUUGCUUCCCAGCUACUGGGCUAUUCAUAGUAACCUGCGGACAGCGAAGCGGAUCAUCAGUCCCAUGGUUCGCCAGCGCCGGGCAGAGGAAGCAAAGGGUAACCCUGACUAUGAAAAGCCAAACGAUCUACUCCAGUGGAUGAUGGAUGGAGCCAAUGAAAACGACGGUCAGCCCGAUAAGCUGGCGCACCGCCAGCUGCUCCUGAGUCUCGCUUCCAUCCACACCACCACCAUGGCGGCGGCUCAUUGUUUUUACGAUCUCUGUCAGCAUCCCGAGUACUUUGAGCCCUUGCGAGAGGAGAUCAACGACGUGAUCACCCAGGACGGCGGAUGGAAGAAGACCACUCUCAACAAGAUGCGCAAGCUGGACAGUUUCCUCAAGGAAAGCCAACGCAUCAACCCUCCCAGUUUAUUGGCAUUUAACCGUAUCGUCUCGGAAGACCUGACUCUCUCCGACGGCACCCUCCUUCCCAAAGGGACGCACUUCAGCAUGCCCUCUGCGGCCAUUCUCCAGGACCCCUCCGUGGAGCCGGACGCCAACCAUUUCGACGGGUUCAGAUACUACAAGAAGCGCCUCAACCCGGAAGAAGCCAACAAGCACCAGUUCGCCAUGACCGACAACAACAACCUCCACUUUGGCCACGGCAAGUUCUCGUGUCCCGGCCGGUUCUUCGCCUCCAACGAGAUCAAGAUCAUCAUGGCGCACCUGUUGACGGACUUUGAAUUCAAGUACCCCCCUGGCGCGUCGCGGCCGCGGAAUCUGACCGCCGAUGAGAAUCUGUAUCCGGACCCAUCGGCGCGUCUUCUUAUGCGGAGGAGACGGGCGACGGCGGCUCAACCCCAAGUGCAGGGCACGCCUUUGCUUGAUUCAGCCUAA